GUGACUACCCUCCUGAAGAACAUGAUCGGCGCUGGCAUCUUUUCGUUGCCCAUCGGGCUGCGCUACGCCAGCCCUCUGCCGGGCCUCAUAGUGCUGGCGAUCAUCGGCAUACUUAGUGCUGGUUCUUAUUGGAUGGUUGGGUACACAUGCAUCACCUGUAAGGCAAAGUCGUUCAGAGAGCUCUGGAACAAACUUUUGAGUGCCAAUACAGCUUGGAUGAUCGAUGUCAUCAUCUUUGUAAAUGGCUGGACAACGCUGAUUUGCUACAUCGUUCUGAUUGGCGACUUCAUGAGCAAGUCCUUCCUUGGCCUUCUGGGUCCUGAUCACUGGCUUACAAAAAGCCGGGUCUUGAAUCAAACUGUCAUAACAGCCAUGGUUUUGCUUCCUUUGUCCUCGGCCAGGGACUUACAUGUGCUGGCUUACACCUCUAUUCUGGGUCUUGGGGUGUUGGUCUAUGUGGUGAUUCUGGUCAUCCACGACUCCUGGAUGAAUUCGACCAACAUCAGCCACGACACCCCGAUGUGCGUAUGGAAUAUGGGCGUUUUUGAGGCCAUCGCUCUCUAUACCAAUGCCUUCGUGGCCCACUACAAUGCCCCGAAGGUCUUUGCAGAACUAGCCAAUCCUAGCCAUGAGCGCUGGACGCUGCUUGUAGGCAUCGCGUACGGUGUCGCCUUCAUUGUCUACGCCGCGUUUGCCUGGGCGGGCUUCCGGCGCUUUGAGCACGAAGUGCAGGGCAACAUUCUGAGGAAUUAUGGGCCCUAUGCGCAUGUGCUGAUAGCCUGGCUGGGCAUGGGCUUCUCCAUUGCCUUCACUUAUCCGCUGGUUUUCAAUUCCGCGAGGGAGGCUGCCGUCAACCUGCUCACCUUGGCAAGAGAGCAGCUACAG